UUAAAUAGCAGCACUCUUUUCCAGCCUGUCUUUGAAACCACUUUACCUUCCUGGAAACAGUUUCGAAAUUCUCUUCUCUAAAUUCUGCAUGGCAAAGAUUGGUUUAUUUGAUUUAGAAGAGCACUUUGCUUUCUAUGGAGCAUACCAUCGUAAUCCAAUAAACAUAUUUAUUCAUAUGUUGUUUGUUUGGCCAAUCUUUUUCACUGCUCUUCUCAUUCUUUACUUCACUCCUUUCUUUAACGUCCCUCACGUAGAGUUUUCUUUCUUUGGAACCGAUUUUGUUCUGGUUUUUAACAUGGGGUUCUUGUUUGCUUUGAUAUAUUCUUUCUUCUAUAUCUUUUUGGACUUCAAAGCCGGUUCCUUGGCUGCUCUUUUUUGUCUGGUUUGUUGGGUAGCCAGCAGUUCUGUAGCGAGAUGGCUCGGAUUUUCACUUGCUUGGAAGGUUGUUCUUGUGGCUCAGCUAUUGUGUUGGACUGGACAGUUUAUUGGUCAUGGAGUCUUCGAGAAACGAGCACCAGCAUUGCUGGACAAUCUUGCUCAAGCCUUUUUAAUGGCUCCCUUCUUUGUGCUGCUGGAGGCUCUUCAAACAUUCUUCGGUUAUGAACCAUACCCAGGGUUUCGUGCAAUUGUGCAAGCAAAGAUUGAAGAUGAAAUCAAUGAAUGGCAAGACAACAAGCAGAGAUUGAUUCCCAAGGUUUGCAAUGAGGUCUCUGCUCCUUUUAGUUCACAAACAUGAUCAAGCAUAAGUAAACUGUGCCGUGCUUGUAACGUUUAUAUGUAUGAACACCAUGUGACUAAAA